AUGGAGAUAGAGCUCUAUGUCCUCUGGGCUGUCGUUGUUGUGCUGGUCCUUGCAGCGGUGCCCUAUUUCAGGGCCAACAGCACUUGGCUGACGUCUGCAAAGACGGAUCUUGAGAGUUCCGUUGAGGUUCAACAAGAGGUUCAAAGACGCUUUGGGGAGCUGCGACGGAAUCUUGUGCAGACGGUGAUGGAUGCAAUGAGCCUGCUCGGAAUUAUGCUGCUGAUUGUGUACACUUUGCGCUGGAUGGUGAACGGCAAGGACAGCCUUCUGGCGGAGGAGCGUCAUCACUUGCUUUGCAUCAUUCUCUGGCAGACGAUUUGUUGCGCAUUUCACAUCGGUCUCCUGAAGUUUGGAGAGCGCGAAGUCUUGCUUAUUGCGUACGUUUUCAACUUUACGACUGUGUAUAUGACCUUUACGGCCACAGUUCUCAACAUCGAGCCGUUUGUGCUGAUGGGCCGUUAUAUCGGCAGCUUCGUGUUCCUGGACCUCAGACAUGCAUUUUGCGCGAACCUCCUUUUCACGGCGAGGUUUCUGCAACUUCCAUGCGAGAAUCCCUCGUGUCUGGUCAAGGAGUUUGCCGUCCUGGUCACAGCGAUGGUGGCUCCCUGGUCCAUGGAGUACAUGAUUCAGCGCCUGCGGCAUCAAUCCUUCCUGGGCUGGCCGAAGUUGCGGUGA